UUCAGAAAACUAUGUUGCACCUAAUGAUGCGUAAUCAAAGUAACACUGAAAAAGAUGACUCCUGGUAUAUAGAAAGCAGCAUUCUGAUCACCUUAUAUACUUAGGCCAUUACUCUUAGACCUUAACCUUAACGUCCAAGAAAGUUAAUUGUUGCCCGUUUUAAUGGAUCCAUCAAGAAUUUCCAUCCGCCCAUUCAAACUUUCUGAUGUUGACGAUUUCCUGAAAUGGGCCAGUGAUGAUAGAGUAACCUGGAAUUUGAGAUGGAAUUCCAUUACCUCUAAAGAAGAAGCACUAGAGCACCUUGAAAAGGUUGCCAUACCUCAUCCAUGGCGUCGGUCCAUAUGCUUGGAUGAUCGUUCUGUUGGAUACAUUUCGGUUUGGCAAUUUUCAGGGGAUGAUAGAUGCAGAGCAAACAUUGGAUAUGCAUUAUCUACAGAACAUUGGGGACAAGGGGUAGCUACAAUUGCUAUGAAGAUGUGUUUGUCUAGUGUGUUCAAGGACAUACCUGACCUGGUCAGGCUUGAAGCUUUUGUGGAGGUAGAGAACAGAAGAUCUCAAAGGGUAGCAGAGAAGGUUGGAUUUCUGAAAGAAGGUUUAUUAAGAAAAUAUAUGUACUGUAAAGGUGAAAUUAGAGAUUACGUUGUCUACAGUUUCCUGUCAACAGACAAGAGUUUGUAGUCCAUAUGGUUGAACCCAUCCCUUUUCCCUGAAAAUCUGUAAAUUUACCUUGUUUUUAUCUUCUGAGGAAAUUUUACAUUGCUCUUAUUAAA